UAAUUAUCUGUGAUAGAUUUCGCGUCGGUCCGGAUACGGAUGUGCUAUUUACUAAUUUUGGGGGAUUUGCGCUGGAAGUUCUGUUUGCUAAAAAGACAUUUUUGAGCGAUUAAUGUGUAACCUGUGAGGUUACUGUGGUUCAGUCGUUUGAAUUUCAAAGUUACAGUGUUUAAAAAUGUCACACACUAUACUUCUUAUUCAGCCGGGAUCGAAACCAGAGACAAGAACAUUUUCAGACUACGAGUCUGUAAAUGAAUGUAUGGAAGGUGUGUGCAAGAUUUACGAAGAACAUUUGAAACGACAGAACCCAAACACACCAUCGAUCACCUAUGAUAUCAGCCAGCUGUUUGACUUUGUUGACCAGCUUGCAGACCUUUCCUGUCUUGUGUACCAGAAGAGCACUAAUUCUUAUGCCCCAUACAACAAGGACUGGAUCAAGGAGAAAAUAUAUGUACUGUUGCGACGCCAGGCAGCACGUUCACAGUGAGUGGUGAAUACAGUUUCGUAUGUGCCGUGGUCUGUGGCCCCAUUUGUUCCAACAUUUCAAGAUUUGUAUUUAUUUUUUUGGUUGCUUUGCUGCAUUGAUGGCCAAAUAUCAGUGCAUCAAAACAACUCGGCAUUUUGCAUCCAAUAUAUGUACAUUUCACUGUCUGACCUGCAACUGACAAUUGUGUAGUGUUGAGAAGAGGACUAUGACUUUGGCAGUGGUAUCAUUAUUUGUUUAAGUACCUUAUCAGGCUCAAAUUGGAACAGUCUGGCACAUGGCCAUCUUGUUCAUAAUAUCUUUAUUUUCUGGAAUUACUCUGGUUUGAAGGGACUAUGUAAUGACUAUUACAUUUGCCCAUAAUGUUUCAAUUUGAACACUGAUAUUUGAGAUAUUAAAUGAUUGAAAAUUAAUGUAAAAGUGUUUGCAUAGAAAGGUACAACUUUAAUUGUAUUGAAAUAAAGUAUUCUAUUGUUUUAGUAGAUUUAAUUCAUAUACUUAUCGGUUCCACAUGAAUAACUACAAACUUGAAUUUUAUUUUGUUUAUACUUCUGCAUAUAACAUUUUUGUGUGAUAGUAGUGAAAGGGUUUACUGAACUGAGAUAUAUUAUGGAGUUUUAUUUGCAGUAUAAAUGCAAGAUAUGUAUUUAUAUUGAAGGUUGCAUUUCAUAAUUUUGUCAUACAUCAUCUGUAGUCAGUUAUUAAUUACAUGUUCCAUAUUGUUUGGUAUAUCAUGCUAUUAAAUAAUUUCAUGUUUUUGUA